GGGCUCGACCCGGCUACCUUCCGAUUACAAGGAAAACUUCCAACUCUUGAGCCACGAUCAUGAUAUCAUACGAAUCUGCCUAGUAUGAUAUUAAUCAUACUAGGCAGAUUUACUGCACUGCCAUUUACUACCCAUUUACCCAUGUAUGGCUAUUGUCAGUACAUGUUGCUCGUAAACUUUCUUUAAGUGUGUAACAUUCACAGUGAUAUUGUUGAUGGUAACGUGUAUGAUUCCAGCAUACCUGACAGGCACUUUUGACUUUUUGUACACAGUUAAUUAUGUAAAGCCCCUUGCAUUGCAUUUAUAAUCAAGUUCACUGAUUGACUAUCCUGCAGUGAUGUUUUCCUGUAUUCCUGUUUCAUCCACUUACAUACAAACAUACAAGUAUAAAUAAAUACAAUCUAUAGAAAGAGAAAUAUGUUUGAUAUGUUUUUUAUUUAGUUGCACACAAAUAGCAUUCUCUGCCAACAGGUUCAGAAGACACAACUAUGUAGAAACACAUAACAGACCAGAACCACAGAAGCAAUGUGUACAAGCAGGUGGCAAACACAAGUUUUUGUACAACACAAGCCUCUGCAACAGCUUCAGUGUUUCCUGGAAUUGAUUCGGAAACACUAACAGAGCUAUUAUCUGUCUGUUAUGACAGUCAAAUUUCCCCCAGAUAGGUUGAGGUCUAGUGACUGUGAAAGAUAUGAUCACACCAUUUUCAUAAUCAUCUAUUCAGUGACCCCUCUUCAAAUACUUACGUCACAAUACAAAGAUAAUCUCUCAUAGCAACUUUGUACUGAUUUUACGACUCGUUUCCCUUUGAGAAGUGGACCCUAACAUGGCAGCAAAGUGCAACAAUGUCUCUCCGUGUGGGGGUCAGAAGUUCAGGGUAUGCCUUUAAUUUUCUUGCUUGUACAGACAAGUACAAAUGACAGUACAAUGGUAUGAAUAAUCCUUCUCAAUUUACCAGUAUAAAAGUAAAACAAUUACAUCGUCUCAUCGGGGCACUCCUCCUAUGGCCAGUCUUUGCACAUCAUAAUAACACAGAAGAAAUGAAAGCAAUUCAUUCUCAAUUGCUGUUAAUUUCAGGGGAUUUUCCAACCUGUUUUGGUUCAAAAGAGCCAAAGGAAAAUCCUCAUCGAUGUUGGAGUAACAACUAGAUGCUUUUAUUGUUUGUACACUGAUAAUACUGUGCUGUCAUUGUAAACCACUCAAAAUAAAUAAAUAACACAUUGUGAUCAUACUGAAGACCAAAAACAGCAGUCCAGGCAUCAGUUGGGAUAAAGGAGCUGGAAACAUCACCUGAUAAAGAAAAAAAACCAACAGACUGAAUGAAAAACAGAAGUUUCCUUCAUUGCACUAUAUUCACCAAUCACAAGCCUCUUCUUUCCCCUUUUGCCACCCUAGACUUUUGACUAAUCACCGAUCUGGAUGAAUUGCACUACCGUACUGUCCAUCCCCUUUCUUUUCUUCUGUGUUAUAAUGAUGUGCAAUGACUAGCCAUAACAGGAUUCUGAGCUCCUAUCGGGCCAAGUUUUACAGUGUCUACGGUCACCGUAUAGACUUUGCGCUACUGUAGACUCGACGGUACUUUCCUCCCAAGACCUAAACAAGUAAAUCAUGGCUUUGGACAGUGACAGUUAUGAUUACAUACACUUUAAUGAGACUCACAGCAGCGAGAUCGAGUAUGACAUUAAGAUAUCAGAACUUUACUAUCCUGCUGCUGUCAACAGUCUCGUCUUCUUCAUCAGCCUUCCUGCAAACAGCUUCCUGCUGUGGGUCCUCUGGACGGAACGAGCUUGGAAGAUCACAUCGGAUAUUUUACUUCUUCAGCUCACAGUUUCUAACCUCUGCCUCACUGUGACAUUGCCUUUUGCAGCCUGUAAUGCACUCCAUGGGUGGGUCUUUGGAGAGUGGGCCUGCGGAGUAGGUGUAGGGAUUUAUUUUCUGGGACUGUUCACCGCCGUGGUGAUCCUCACUGCCAUGUCUUUGCAUUCUUAUGUUACUGUGGUUCAGCCUUGGUGCUUGUCUGCACAGGCCUUAACAAAAUAUGGUGUUCUCAUAGGUAGCAUUGUGAUGUGGCUGGUGUGUGCUGCUGCAAGCAUUAAACUGGCUGUGAGUUGUCGAGUCAUUGAAUUUGCUGACAUUAAAGUGUGUGUAAAUUUGGUGGAGUCACUAACCAUGAAACUCACUGAAAUCUACACACAGAUUUUUCUUUUCUUUCUCAUUCCUGUCCUUAUCACUUCAUUCUGUUAUGUUCACAUGUGGAUAAUGGCGAAGCAGGGCAGGAUAAACAGCCAACAACAGCCUUCAAAAUUGAUUUUAGGCAUAACUGUCAGUACUUUUCUAUGUUUGGCCCCUUCUAGCAUCCACAUGUUUAUACAGUCCUUGCUACUAUUGGAUUUUUAUGAGUACACACGUGAACUGAUAUAUGCAUUGCACUAUGCUUGGUUGAUCAUUCAUCCCAUCAUUCACAUCUACUGCUGCUUUAUCCCUUUGGUGCAUUUUAUAGGAGUACAAAGGUUUAGGAGGUAUCUUCCCAUGCCGUGCAAUACAUUAUCCCUGUGCAGAGAUGAAACUAAAACUGACAGUCCAAUGGCAUUAAUCCCUCUCCAAAAUGCGGAAGAAAUUUGAAUUUACUGUAGCAUGCAUGCAUUAGGAUGAGAUGGGUAGAUGCUGGAGAAUUUGAUUAGAUAAAUUAGCUGAACUUAAUAUAGUACAAGCAAAAAAACAACAAAAAAAGUUGGCAGCGACUAUUAAUGAUAGAGUCUGACUUUUUUUGAUGCCAAAGGGGUGUACCACACAGCAAGAUUAAGUUUUCUGUUACAAAAGUGACUUUGUUUUUACCUGGCUAAAUCACCAUGGCAACAUGCUUAAUCGAGGGCCAGUGUCCUGCAGAUUUUAGAUCUCACCCUGGGUCAACACACCUGAAUCAAAUGAUUAGUU